AUGGCGACUCCCAAUAACGUUACUCCCACCAACUGCAGCUGGUGGCCCAUCUCGGCGCUGGAGAACGACGCGGGGAAAUCCAAGGAGGGGGAGGAAAAUCAGGAUCCGACGGACCCCGCUCUCAGAUCCCAGGACAGGCUGGUUUUGUACCACUGGACCCAGUCCUUCAGCUCCCAAAAGCUGUCCCUCUGUGCCCCGCUGCAGGUGCGCUUGGUCAUCGCUGAGAAGGGGCUGCCCUGCGAGGAGCGCGAUGUCAGCAUGCCGCUGCUGGAGCACAAGGAGCCCUGGUUCAUGCGGCUCAACCUGGGCGAGGAGGUGCCCGUCAUCAUCCACCGGGACAACAUCAUCAGUGACUACAACCAGAUCAUCGACUACAUGGAGAGGAACUUCACAGGAGAGAACGUCCCCCAGCUGAUCCCUGAACCCGGGACCCUGCUGCACUCGCGGGUGUUGCAGUACCGGGAGCUGCUGGACUCACUGCCCAUGGAUGCCUACACACAUGGCUGCAUUCUGCACCCCGAGCUCACCACCGACUCCAUGAUCCCAAAGUACGCGACCGCUGAGAUCCGCAGGCAUUUGGCUAAUGCCAGCACGGAACUGAUGAAGCUGGACCACGAGGAGGAACCACCGCUGACAGAGCCAUACCUCUCCAAGCAGAAGAAGCUCAUGGCCAAGAUCCUGGAGCACGACAACGUGAAUUACUUGAAGAAAAUCCUGGGGGAGCUGGGAAUGGUGCUGGACCAGAUCGAGGCUGAGCUGGAGAAGAGGAAGCUGGAGUACCAAGGGCAGAAGUGUGAACUUUGGCUCUGCGGAUGUGUCUUUACCUUGGCCGAUAUCUUGUUAGGAGCUACCCUGCAUCGCCUCAAGUUUCUAGGACUCUCUAAGAAAUACUGGGAAGAUGGCAGCAGACCUAACCUACAGUCCUUCUUUGACAGGAUACAGAAACGCUUUGCCUUCAGGAAAGUCUUGGGAGACAUACAUACCACGCUGCUCUCCGCAGUGGUACCCAAUGCCUUCAGGCUGGUCAAGCGGAAACCUCCCUCCUUCUUCGGAGCCUCCUUCCUGAUGGGAUCUCUGGGGGGAAUGGGAUAUUUUGCUUACUGGUACUUAAAGAAAAAAUACAUCUAAUGCUGGCAGCUUGGUGUUUAGAUUGGUGUCUCUGUGCUGUGUGAAAUUAUG